GCAACAACAGGCGGCUACAUUCACCGAGACGCCUCGGUGACAUUAACGCAACUCUACUGCUCCCUACCCCCAGAGAGUGUAAUCUACUUAGCAGGAGAGCUUCAGCUAGAUGUCAACGCUGAGGUUCACGCCGUAGGAAGGAGACAUUUAUGGCUGCUGUAUUGUGACUCACUCAGCCCUGGAGAAGUCAAAAAGAAGGUUCUAGAUGGCGGCCAAGCUUUACUAUGGAACAAAGAAGUCAAGCGAACACGGUUGGAUUGGACGACACAUACGAAGUACAGUGUAUUAUGCAGCGAACAUUUCGAAAGAUCAUGUUUCGAAGAGGGUCCCUUGCGAAUGGCAGAAAUGGGAAUCAGCACUCGUCGACUCGUGCUGAAGAAAGGUGCGAAGCCAACUAUUUUCGAUAGACCACGGACAAGUCCGGAGCACCCGACCCCCUCCACAAGCGGACAGACUGGGCACAUGAGGUCUGCAUUUGCCAAAAGGGAAAGGAAGAGGACAAUAGAUCAGAUCAUGGACAGUACGACUACGGCAUCAGUGGCGGAUGCGGUGGAUGAACCAAUGGCAAUGGCACUAGAUUUGCCUGAUGAGGAGGGCGAUCAAGAUCAGGGAAAUACAAGAGAACAAGGAUGCCAGACGGACUGGGUACCGAUUGGGACAGCACCAACAGCAAUGACCAGUAGCAAGAGCACCCAAACAGGGAAAAUACAUCAUAGAUCAAAGGGACACCAGGUGACCCCAGAUAUCCUCGAGAGGGUUAGAGCUCGGCCGGCCAGGGUUAGUGAAGUCCCAUUGUCAAGUGUAGCAGCUCCAUCUGACAGCCCCGAGAUGCAGACUAACAUAGCAGCUCCAGGUGUGUCUGGAAUGCAAGCCAAGCUACGACCACCUCCUGCAUUGUUUGAUGAAGGACCAGCAUCAAGUCCCACUGCGCCUUUUGUUGGUGGUUCUUCCGAUGACAGCUAUGUGCCGAGUGAGUCAACGACAUCGGAUCCGUGUCAAUCUGACGGGUCGCCAGAUCGCCCAUGUACUCACCAGAUGCGUGAAGAGGGCUGCCACAAGGAACCGAAGUACAUCAUCUUUGAGUCGUGCCUCCAGAGUCUCGUCAAGUGGUGUCACUGUCCAGUCUGUGGCAGCCAGGACAUAAGCCCUUCUUGGGAUUCGAACGGUACACAGCUGACCAUGACUCUUCAAUGUGCAUCAUGUGACCAGAGGAGUAGUUGGAGCAGCCAGCCAAACAUUGGCCCUUAUGCCGCGGGCAACAUCCUGCUGUCUGCUGGCAUCCUCUUCGCUGGGGCAUCUUCUGGCAAGGUGUUGCAAGUGCUGAACAGCAUCGGAGUGGUCACGUAUGUGAAGAGGACAUUUUUCAACCACCAGGAGCUCAUCCUGCAGCCAGCCAUCAAAAAGGUGUGGGAGGAACAGCAACGGACGCACCUCACCAUGCUGCAGGUGGAAGGCCGACCCCUCGUCCUUGGUGGUGAUGGGCGAGCAGACAGUCCGGGACACAGCGCCAAGUUCGGUACCUACACCACAAUGGAGCUUGUGGCCAAUGUGGUUCUCGACCUUCAGGUUGUACAGAGCAACGAAUGUCUUGGCAGCUACCAUAUGGAGAUGGAAGGACUGAAGAGGAUGGUGGAACUGCUGAUCAGCUGGGACCUGGAUGUCGGGGUGCUGGUGACAGACAGACACAGACAGAUCGCUAAAUGGAUUCGUGAAAACAUGCCCAAUACACGGCACUGCUAUGACAUCUGGCAUGUUGCAAAAUCCAUCGGAAAGAAACUGAAGGCCAUCGCCAAGCAUAAGGACUGUGAAGACCUGAAGCCCUGGGUGCAAAGUAUAAUCAACCACCUCUACUGGGCAGCAGUGUCUACACCGCCUGGAGAGGGGGAACUUCUGGUUGCCAAGUGGAAGUCUGUGGAGCGACACAUUCAGAACAUCCACAAGGACCAUGGCGACCUCUUCCCAAUUUGUACUCAUGGACAACUGCAACGGCAAAAGAAAUGGCUCAAACAAAGUUCACGCUCAGCAGUGAAACUGGAGGAGGUGGUCAACAACAAGUCCCUGCUAAAAGAUAUCGCCAUGCUGUCGGGUGAACACCAGACUUCCAAGGUGGAGGCGUUCCAUAGCCUUAUCAUACAGUUCGCACCGAAAAUGUAUGUCUUCUCAUACAUCGGAAUGCUGUGCAGGAACCUGCUUGCUGGGCUGCACUGGAACGAAAAUUCGAGCCGCCCUAUAGCCACUACACAAGCGGGUGCUGAGCGCUAUGCAGUACGCUACCCGAAGUAUAAAGCAGGGGGCCAUGUGGUCAAGAAAAUCGCGACAGAGCCAACAUACCGCUACGUAGAUGACUUGAUCAGGGAGGUUGUUGCUGGCUGCAGACAGACCCCUGACGAGAGAACACCACUCAGCGUCACUGUGGAUGUGCCUCCCUUCCUCUGCGAUGAACUGGAGAAGCCAGACAAGGAGGAAGCCAUCGCCAAGCACAGGAGUCGCUUCGGUAAGUGUGAAAUGCCCUCCCGGUAACAGUUAGAGAUGCUACCUCAGUAGAAGCAUUUAAGUCCCAUCUUAAAACUCAUUUGUAUACUCUAGCCUUUAAAUAGACCCCCUUUUUAGACCAGUUGAUCUGCCGUUUCUUUUCUUUUCUCCUCUGCCCCCCCCCCCACGUGGAGGGGUUAUUCCGGUGACCAUGGAUAAAGUGCUGGCUGUCCAGAGUUGGGACCCGGGGUAUACCGCUCGCCUGUGCAUCGGUUGGGGACAUCUGCGCUGCUGACCCGUCUCCGCUCGGGGUGGCCUCCUGCUGGCUCCACUGGACCCUCACUAAUAUGUUAGACCCACUCGACAUCCAUUGCUUUCGGUCUCCCCUAGAGGGGGGGGGUUACCCACAUAUGCGGUCCUCUCCAAGGUUUCUCAUAGUCAUUCACAUCGACGUCCUACUGGGGUGAGUUUUCCUUGCCCGUGUGUGGGCUCUGUACCGAGGAUGUCGUUGUGGCUUGUACAGCCCUUUGAGACAUUUGUGAUUUAGUGCUAUAUAAAUAAACAUUGAUUGAUUGACUGAU